UUCUGCCGCCAUCUUUGAGUAGGGCAAAUGGUUUUACGGACACGCGUAAAGGAUUAUCAGUGUAUAACGAAUACUAAACAUUAUCAGAAGAAUAACCAUAUACGACUAACACUCUCAUACAUGUAUUAACUAUAGACUAAUUCGUUUAGAUUAACACAACAAAUUGUAUGUCGUCGAAUGAUUAUUGUGUACCAUUUCCCUCAGUUGGCGAGCUAAUUGUUUAUGUCCACCGGAUUAAUGUACGAAUCAGAGUCAUUUGAACUUCGUGCUGUGAAUUUCCUAGAACGUUGACCACAGGAAAGAUGGCGGCAGGUGAAAUGGUGACGUCAUUGCUACCUUUACCCUCAGAAUCUCAUUACAGAGCUGCUGUUACGCUGAGGGGCUGCUUCUACAAGGCUUAGAGGUGACAAAAACACCGUCCUGUUCAAAGCCAUGAAGAUCCUGCUUGUGUUUGAUUUUGACCACACCAUUGUUAAUGAUAACAGCGACACCUGGAUUGUCCAGUGUGCCCCCGAUAAAAGGCUCCCAAACGUGUUGCAGAAUUCUUACGAGAAAGGAAAAUGGACAGAAUACAUGGGCCGGAUCUUCACCUACCUUGGAGAACAGGGAAUACGCGAGGAUGACAUGAAGAAAAUAAUGAUCGCCAUCCCCUAUACUCCAGGAAUGACUGAGCUCCUCCAGUUCAUUGGCCAGAACAAGGACUGUUUUGAUUGCAUAAUCAUCUCCGACUCAAAUACCAUCUUUAUUGACUGGAUCCUGACCCACGCCAACGUCCAAAACGUCUUCGAUGUGGUGUUCAGUAACCCUGCAGCUUUUGAUCGCUUUGGGAAUCUUACCGUGCAAAAUUUUCACAUCCACAACUGUAAGACCUGCCCAAAGAACCUGUGCAAACGGAAAGUGUUAGAGGAAUUUGUAGCUCAGCAGAUAACAAGCGGCGUGCAGUAUUCUAAAAUCGUAUACAUUGGCGAUGGCAGCAAUGACCUCUGCCCUGUAACCUACCUGAAGAAAGAUGAUAUCGCUAUGCCGAGGGAGGGUUACACAUUGCAGAAGCGCAUUGCCAAGGAGCUCGACAUAAUCGAUUCCUCUAUAAGCGUAUGGUCAACUGGCGCUGAGAUACUGUCUCAUCUGAAGCUGUUGUUGGAAGAAUAAAAAUCAGACCCCAAUUUUUUUUUUAUAUUUCUCAAGCCCUUUAAUAAAAUGUAAGACUCA